AUGAGCGACCAGGGGAUCUUGGGGGUAUGGCGAUGCCACAAGGGUCAAAGUAACCCGAAAGUGGCUAAGUCAAAAGAGGCGAGGUAUUCUCUGAUUCAAGUCCGAGGGAACCGGAACGUCAAAUGUCUGAAAGGUAGUUCUGCGGCUGUAUAUGCAAGCAAAACUCCGAUCACCGGCCGUCCAAGACGACCACCUUUCUUCCCCAGCAUGGAAUGGGAGUGGUCGCCCCCAGCCUCGGCAAAAACCCACCGCCCUUCUCCUACCAAGGAAGGACGGGGGACGGCUCACUUCUCUGUGAACCGCAACCAGCAUCACCUAGGCGAGGACGGAGAUCCUGAAGCCGCCCGAGCUACUUCAGGUCGCCUAGGGGUCUUCUGGGGAAGUGAACGGCAAGCGGGACGAGGAGGGGUAAGUGCUCAUCUUGAAAGCUCUCCCAGGCCAUACAUUGCAGGGAAUGGAGGGGGCAUGGAGCAUCCCAGUCAAUCCGCCCGUCAGGCAAGCGGUUGGCGGAGAGGGCCUCGGACUGGGGUCGAACUCGGCCAAGGAGCGGCAGGGAGAAGGGAAGCCAAGGUCGGGGAGAGAGAAUCCUUUAGGGAGCUGGGCCAGCCUGUUGUGGAAGACCUGUUGGGCAUGGAAGAGUCCGCAAUUGAAGGACUUGGUUCCCUCCUUGACCAUCCAUUGGGCCCCAGGUUCAGUUU